AUGCCCCAGAAUGACCAGCAGCGCUGGGAUCUGCAAGCGCAGAAUCGGCGGCAGCACGAGCAGAGGCGUGCCAUGCAGAAGCGGGAGGAGGAGAUGCGGCAGCAGCAGCAGGCGGAAGUCAUGCGCAAGGCCGCGGAGAGGAAGAUGCAGAUGGAGGAGGAGCAGCGGCGCCUUGCAGAGCGCCAGCGAAUGGAGCAGGAUGCUUGCACUUCGAUCCGCUCAGUUUGCCAGAAGCUGCGCUACGUGCAGGAGGAGUCCUUCCAGCAGGUUCAGCAGGAACUCUACGAGGUGAUGCAGAGGGAGCUGAACAACUGCGGUCACCAGAUGGCCAGAAUCCGCGAGGAGUGCGACCAAGCUGCGGAGCAGGCGCGGCAGCGGCUCCAGGAAGCUGCGGAGGUCAAGGCCUUCCAGGAGAAGAAGAAGGCGGAGAUGCUGGAAGCCCACAAGGCGGCUUGUGCCAAGGCGGAGGAGCUUGUCGCAGAGUUCACAGCCAAGGUGGAGGCCGCGGAGCAAGCAGCCAAAGCCCUGGCUGAAAAGGCCGAGCCGUUCACGUCUGACGAGAGCGGCAUGGGGGACCAGAGCUCCGAGGACAAGAUCCUCGAGGAAGCUGCCAAGAUUGAUGAGGCCAAGGAAGAGGCCACAGCACGGACCAGCGAGAGUCAAGAGUACCUGACUCAGCACAAGGCGACGAUGACGGUGCAGGAUCUGCCUGGCCAGCCGCCCGCUGAGGUCAAGCAGGUCCUUAGCAAGGUCAUGGAUAGGCUGCUGGAGACCACAAAGAAGAAGGAUGCAGUCAUGCUGAAGAUCCACCUGGUCAAGAGCAAAGCCUUGAAAAGGAGCAAGGCGAAGCAAGUGAUGGAGGAAAGGAAGGCCAAGUUUAGCAAGUACGCGAAGGACGGCGUUCUUGACAAGAAGCAGGUGGUCGCCUACAGCAAGAAGGAGUUCGGCUUUGCCCUCACGGAAGUGGCAGCGGGGAAGAUCUUCAAGGCUCUUCAAGUCACCAAAGGCGUGACGACGGCCGACUUCCAGAGGCUCCGGGUGCAGAUUGGCAUCCUCCGCGAGCAGAAGAAGGACCAGAGUCGAAAGAGAGUAUUUCACCACGGAGACCGCAUAGGAUGGCCCUUCCCCCACGACAUGGUUUGA